AUGACUUCUAACUUCAUCUCUCGAUUUACGGGCGCCAACAACCCUUCUGCGUCCAUCUAUGACGCCAUCCGGCAAGAAGAUGAAGACUCGGACAAUUUCGAUGUCGAGGAGACCGCAGGGCUGACUGCAGAUAGAGUGAAUGGUAGAGAUGGCUACAACAAUCAAGAAUUACACCAGUCCGCCCUUCGGUCACAUUGGAGAAGCCCAAGUCAUGAUGGUCGUGGUGCUCCUCUUACUGGCGCCACCUCCCCCGAAUCUCACGUGCAGCGGAAAGAUACACGCAGGAACCAGAACAAGACAAGACGGACUCCAAGAGUUCACAAACUUUUGGAUGUGGAAGAGGCGGAUGAUGAUGUUCCGGCGUCGUUGCUGAUCGAUCCCAACCCAAUUGGUCUUGAUCAUGGGUCCAUGUCCCUGCCCCCUCCUCCAAGCCUGAUGCCAGAAGGCCUUUUACAAGGUCGCGAUGCCAGUCCUUCGACCGCUGCUCAAGACUUCCACACGAGGUACCGUCCCAAGCCCAACAAACGCAGCCUGAAGGCCGCUCAAGUCAGGCCUGCUGGAGGGAUCGUUGGCGGCAAUCUCGCCAGUGCAGAUCCCAAGGAGAAAGCCAUGUUUCGAUGGGUCAACGUGACAGAUUUGGAUAACUUCCUGCUCGAGGUCUACACUUAUUACCUGAAUCACGGCUUCUGGUCCACGAUUCUCAUGCGAUUCUUCAAUCUCCUUACCGUCGCCUUUGUGGUUGGCUUCUCUAUUUUUCUCACCCAAUGUAUUAACUAUCGAGACAUUAGAGGGAGCACGACGAUGUCAGAUAUCCUCGUAUCGCAAUGUACCAGAAGAAUGGGAUUUGUUCCCAAUGCUUUACUCUGGCUCACCACUUUUAUAUGGCUCUGGAAAGGGGUCCUAUACCUGUUCGAUAUCCCUCGCCUGAAAAAUAUGCAUGAUUUCUACUUUUACCUCCUCGACAUCCCUGAACCGGAGAUCCAGUCGAUAUCGUGGCAAGAAGUUGUGAGUCGCCUGAUGGCUCUGCGAGACUCGAACCCCACCAUUUCUUCGACAUCCAAAAAGAGCAGUGGCUAUAUCAAAUCGCAGAACAAACAACGAAUGGACGCGCACGACAUUGCCAACAGACUGAUGAGAAGACAGAAUUACAUGAUUGCCAUGAUCAACAAGGAUAUACUGGAUCUGACUCUCCCCAUCCCCUUCUUCGGCAAUCGCAAGCUCUUUACUCGGACACUGGAAUGGAACAUUGAACUGUGUAUCAUGGACUUUGUGUUCAAUCGCAAAGGACAAGUUCGACCUCUGUUCCUGAAGGAUACGCACCGCAAAGACUUGGCGAACGCACUCCGUUCACGCUUCAUCUUGGCUGGUUUUACGAGUCUCGCCUUUGCACCAUUUCUUGCCACGUUCUUCGUCCUGAAGCACUUUUUUCAAAAUUUCAACGACUACCAGAAGAACCCCGCCCAGAUUGGCAUGAGAGAAUAUACACCCUUUGCACAGUGGAAGUUCCGAGAAUUCAACGAGCUACACCACCUGUUCCGUCGGCGUAUCAACAUGUCGUAUCCCUUUGCCGACAGAUAUAUCAAUCAGUUCCCCAAAGACAAGACGGUUCAGAUUGCCAGGUUCGUCAGUUUGAUUUCUGGAGCUGUGGUAUCCGUUCUUGGCCUCGCGACGAUUUUGGAUCAAGACAACUUUUUGAACUUUGAGGUGACGCCAGGCCGGACUACAAUAUUCUACAUCGGCAUUUUCGGGUCGAUCUGGGCUGUUGCGCGCGGUCUGCUACCGGACGACAACAUGGUCUACGACACGGCAUUUUCCAUCGGAGAGGUGAUACAGUUUACACAUUAUGAACCGCAGCACUGGGCAGGUCGUCUUCAUACUGUGGAAGUAAAAGAAGAGUUUUCUCAGCUGUACCAGAUGAAACUCGUCAUCUUCCUGGAAGAAGUGCUCAGUAUUUUCUUCACGCCCUUUGUGCUGUGGUUGAGUCUACCCAAAUGCAGCGAACGGAUCAUUGACUUCUUUCGGGAAUUCACGGUGCAUGUUGACGGUAUAGGAUACGUCUGCACGUUCGCCGAAUUCCGCUUCAUGAACCAAGCGAUGCGGCCUGCUCCCAAGGAACGAUCGGGGGGGUCGGAGGCCGGGACAGGAGGUGCUGCCACGGGUGUUGCUAAUACCAAUGCCAACACGAACCUACGGGACGACUAUUUUGCGUCCAAAGACAAUAAGCUCGAACACAGCUAUUGGGGGUUCAUGAACGACUACGCGCGUAAUCCGAAGACAGAUGUCCAUUUUCCGUAUCACACAUCCAGGCGGCGUUUCAACUUCAAUAUGCCACCACCUAUACCGGGACUACCUUCACCGUCCUUCCCAGCGUCGGAUCACGGAAAUACGUUUGGUGGCGGUAUGCAUGCGCAUCGACACAGCGGCGGAGGUCUGGGAUCGAUCACAUCGCCUCAUCGUGGAGCGUUGGGUACUCCCAGAUUUGGCGCUCAGCAUACCGCCACGGGACAGGGCCACGGUCAGUCCCAGCCAUUUGGCUCUCCCCUUCAAUCGCUAUUGCUCGACCCACAUCAUCAGCCCUCUGCAAGUGGUUUCGCUUUGUCUCAACAAGCUCUUCGGCCACGUGGCUCUCUUCUUUCGAAGCCUCGGCGGACUGGCGCGGUUGAGCGCGGGCAUGAGAUUCCUGACGAUGUCGCCGAGGAAGAAGACUCUCCUGAGCUUCAGCCGCAAAGAACAGACACAUUUCAAGCGGACGCGAGAGGGCCUCAAGAUCACCCCCCGUCUGCAGCCGGGGGCGUCACGACUCAGGCCACUUAUGAGGGCGAUCUAGGAUCCUGGAAAUAUGAGGUUGACUCUUCGUCUGGGGCGGGUAGUGAAGACGAAGAGGAUGAGCGGGAUGCACGGGCGAUCAUGCAACCCAUGGGGCCACUAGGAUUGAUCAGGCAGUUUCAGAAAGCCCAAGCUCAGGAAGGGGGAAGGGCAAGGGGUACUACGGCAGGCCUUUGA